AAGAUGGCGUCUGCCAAUGGCGAGAGUUUGGAUAGCGAUUCUGAGGUGGUGAAGAGAGGAGUUGUCCUCAUCGCCAUAGAUCACAGCGAGAUGGCCGAGUACGCUUUUGACUGGUACAUGGAUUACGGGUACCGGCACGACCACAGCAUUCUUCUCCUACACUGUCCAGAGGUGGAAUCGCUUACAAGAGCACCUAUUCUGCUCUCUGGGCCGGAGUUCCUGCGGGAGGCUCUGUGUGAGGAGCGGAUGAGAGUGGCGAGGCUCGAGGAGAAGUACAUGCUCAAGAUGAGGGAGAGAGGGUUGGAAGGUCAGUUCAGAACGGUUGAGGGCAGACCUGGAGAGGCUAUUGUCCACGUGGCCCGAACCGCCAAUGCCAAACUGAUUGUGAUUGGCUCACGAGGCAGCAGUAAGCUACGGCGCACGCUGUUGGGUAGCAUCACUGACUAUGUUCUGAAUCACGCGCACGUGGCCGUGCUUGUAUGCAGAAACAAGCGCCAUCUACUGGACCAUGUGCUGCGAAAACAAGCAUCCACUGAGGACGGCCUCCGCAAAAGGAGCUUAAAAGACCGACUGUUGCGUAAAUACCACUCGAUGGAUGAACCAAGAGCGAAAGAUUCUAUAAAAAAACGAGAGAGACAAUCGUCACAAACUGACAGCACGUAG